CGCAAGAGCAACGCAUGCGUUUGCCGUUCCAAUAUGGCGGACAGCAGCCUCCGGAUGGAAUGACUCUGUCCAACUUUUUCAUUCGGGAAGAUGAUAACGCGCCGAAGGAAAUCUGAGCUUAACGGAUCCGCGAUCACCACUAAGCCCUGUCAGCUGUACUGUCCUUUACAAAGAACUGGCGUCGAAUUAUGAACCGUGAAAAUUGCGUCAUCGUGUUCAUCUCCAUCUUCGCCAUGCUUUUGGCCGUCUCGAACGGCCAACUUAUGUCGAAGGAAUUGCAUCGGACUCACGCAGCUUCCGAGAGACCGAACGACCUCUGGUGCUACCAAUGCGACACAAUGGACGACGGUGAGAAGUGCUUCGAUCUCGUCGGCAACCACAGUUCCCUGAUGCAGAAAUGCAAGGAUGAUAAGCGCAUUUGCACGGUGAAAAGGGUUUCUUACACAACGAGCACCGAGAAUUCAACUUCGGUACCAAUGAUGUGGUCGUUGGAGAGGAACUGUACAAACAAAUGCGAAGCCGGCUGCAUCGUGAUCGGAGAGCGAACAAAAUUGUACGCUUGUACAGCUUGCUGCGAGAAAUCACUGUGCAACACCGGAAAAGGGAGAGCAUCGGAUCUGUCGACAAACAGGAUAGGACUUUUACCCGGCUUGAUAAUCCAAGGAUUAUUGACCGCCAUUAUGUAUCCAUCGUGACAGUUACAAUAAACUGAAUUUCCACCUUGA